AGUUUUCAAUUUGUUUCCGAUUCAAUUGCAGCGAUAAGGAAAAGUUAUGGAUUCGACCAUGACCAAUUACAUGGGUCAAGAGAAUCUUCCUCCUGCAUUGAAGCUAAUCAAUGAUAAGAGUUAUCAAUAUUCGACACAUAAGCAUAAUAUUGAAACUUCUAACGAUGGAACUCUUCACUCAUACACCAUCGUCCUUUCACGUGAACCACUGGAAUCUCCGACAUCUUACAACAAAUAUCAGAAAAACGUGGAACCCGUUCAAAAGGAGAACCAAAAGCCGAAGGAUCUGAACAAGAUGACUGCAGGACCACAUAUUGCUGUCAAGAAUUCAUCCGGUCUUGUCAGUCAGAUCAGUAGUACUACAUCGAGCGAGAGGAAAAGACGUACUCUGGCCAGACCGUCGAGUUCUUCGGAGAGUGAUUUGAAAGUCGGAAAUAUUCAACAAUCGAAUCAGUAUUUUACUCUUCCGUCGGUAAUGAAGCCAUCUGCACUUUCUACGGAAGAUCCAAAGAAGGUGAUUGUUCAAUCGAAUACUUCUUCUUCAUCCAUGUCUGAUGCUUCUUCUAAGAAAAGUCUUCCGACUUAUACAUACUUAUCGGGACAUACGACAGGAUCUGCUAGAUACGUUACAAUGGUUAAUGUCAAGUUUCUGCUUCUUCAUUGUGAUGUACUCCAAAGACGUGCUCAGUCCAUGUUUACUGACGAGUUUCCCUCGGACUGUCGUUUGGAAGAAGUUGUUAUCAACUUCCAUCAACUCUGUUGUCGCCAACUUCUUGAUCAAAACUUCAAUCCUCGUCUGUCGUAUUGUAUCGGAGAGCUCAACUACUCGGAUUCCAAGCCAGUCUCAGCAAAUGACAUGAGCAAGACUUUGGCUCAAUUGGCUACUACACAAUCGAUUGCUCAAUUGUCAAUCAUUGUGGAUGUUACUGAGAAGAAUAUGAAGUUGAAGUGAGACUAUGGGAACUACAGUGAAUAUGUGAAUGAAGAUUUUGUGAUGAUUG